UCCGAGUCCCUUUCACGGUAAGAGCAAUAAAAACAUGGCGGACAACUGAGUUUCUCGAGCAAACAUGUCGUCAUAGUCGGCGUGUUUCGCCAGCGAUCGGCUCAUAACCUCGACAAACUGAGCGGUGAAACUCUUUUCAAUAUACUUUGAUGGCUUCUAAUAAUCCAGUGAAUCGUGUUGGUGGUAAUUUCAACCCUCCAAAAAGGCCAAAUCAUGGCUCAACAGGACGCACCAUUGCACUUCGAGCAAAUUUCUUCCCUGUCCAGUUACCUCGUGGUAACAUUCAUCACUAUGACCUGUCCAUAUGUCCAGACAAAUGUCCUCGGCGAGUCAAUAGGGAUGUUGUUGAGGUCAUGGUGUUAAAUUACCACAAAGUAUUUGGUGGAAUGAAACCUGUGUUUGAUGGGAGGAAGAAUCUAUACACAAGGGACCCUCUACCUAUUGGGAAAACACCGACAGAGUUUGAAGUUGUGCUACCGACAGACAACAGCCAAGAUAAGAAAUUCAAGGUGACAUUGAAGUGGGUGUCACAAGUAAGUUUGUAUGCUCUAGAGAAGGCCUUGGAGGGCACAUGUAACCAGAUACCAUUUGAGACCAUCCAGGCUCUUGAUGUGGUACUACGGCAUCUGCCAUCCAUGAAGUACACGCCUGUUGGCAGGUCCUUCUUCUCCCCCCCAGAUGGCUAUGACUUCCCACUCGAAGGAGGGAGGGAGGUUUGGUUUGGCUUUCAUCAAAGUAUCCGACCCUCUCAGUGGAAGAUGCUACUGAACAUUGAUGUAUCUGCAACAGCAUUUUACAAGUGCCAGUCUGUGGUUGAAUUCAUGUGUGAAGUUCUUCGCAUAAGGAAAGAUGAUCUGGAGAAACAUGCACCUCUCAACGAUGCAGAUAGACUUCGCUUUACCAGAGAAAUAAAAGGACUUAAAGUUGAAAUUACUCACUGUGGGCCAAUGAAACGCAAGUACAGGGUCAUCAAUGUGACCAAGCAACCAGCCCAGGCCUUGCAGUUCCCCCUUACACUAGAGUCUGGUCAGACAGCACAGAUAACUGUCGCUCGCUACUUCCAGGACAAGCAUAAGCAAAGACUCAGAUAUCCUCACCUUCCUUGUCUGCAAGUUGGCCAAGAGCAGCGCCACACCUACCUUCCUCUCGAGGUGUGUAACAUAGUGCCUGGCCAGCGCUGCGUCAAGAAGCUUACGGACACCCAGACAUCUAAGAUGAUCCGAGCGACAGCACGGUCUGCACCAGAUAGGGAGAGGGAAAUCCGAGGACUGGUCAAGAAGGCUAACUUUGAUGAGGACGCGUACGUAAAGGACUUUAGUAUUUCCAUCGGCAAAAACAUGGUUGAGCUUCAAGGCAGAGUUCUACCUCCUCCAAAACUUGUCUACGGAGGAAAGCAAAGCUCACCUAUCACUCCAAAAGGAGGGGUAUGGGACAUGAGAGGAAGGCAGCUUUUCCACGGCAUUGAGAUCAGGACUUGGGCCAUUGCUUGUUUUGUCAAGCAACAGAUGUGUACAGAGGACGCUCUACGAAGGUUCUCCAAUCAGCUGAUGAAGAUCAGUGUCGAGCAAGGCAUGCCUAUCUCCUGCCCGCCUGUCUUCUUCCGCUAUGCGCGCAACCCAGACGAGGUCGAGCGAAUGUUCCGCCGGCUGAAAGAGGCACACCCCGACCUGCAAAUGAUCCUUGUUGUUUUACCGGGAAAGACGCCUGUGUAUGCCGAGGUGAAGCGCGUCGGUGACACAAUGCUAGGCGUGAUAACGCAAUGCAUCCAGGGGAAAAAUGUCACUAAACCCUCACCCCAGACCCUCUCCAAUCUCUGUCUCAAGAUAAACGCCAAGCUUGGCGGCGUCAACAAUAUACUCGCCCCAGAAAUACGACCCCCUGUGUUCCGGGAGCCGGUGAUAUUCCUUGGCGCUGAUGUGACACAUCCCGCUGCUGGUGACGAUAAGCGACCAUCUGUAGCUGCUGUGGUGGGGAGCAUGGAUGCGCACCCCAGUCGCUACUAUGCCUCUGUGCGGGUGCAGACUCACAGACAGGAAAUCAUCGCGGAGCUGGCAGCCAUGGUGCGAGAGCUUCUUGUGCAGUUCUACCGCUCGACAAGGCACAAACCGCAAAGGAUAGUGUUUUACCGAGAUGGAGUCAGCGAGGGUCAAUUCCGACAGGUUCUUGUGCACGAGUUGAAGGCGAUACGCGAGGCGUGUAUCAAGCUUGAGGUGGGAUAUCAACCCGGAAUCUCUUUCAUCGUGGUACAGAAGCGUCACCACACCCGCCUCUUCUGCCAAAGAGACCAAGACAAGUGUGGUAAGAGUGGCAAUGUGCCCCCCGGCACCACCGUGGACCGAGGGAUCACGCACCCAACCGAAUUUGACUUCUACCUGUGCAGCCACGCCGGCAUACAGGGUACGAGUAGACCGUCGCAUUACCACGUGCUGUGGGACGAUAAUAACUUCUCCGCAGACGAGCUCCAGGCCCUCACCUACCAACUCUGCCACACAUACGUGAGAUGCACGCGAGCCGUGUCUAUACCAGCACCUGCCUACUACGCGCAUUUGGUCGCGUUCCGCGCGCGAUACCAUAUGAUGGAUAGGGACAAGGAAGCGGGAAAUGAUAACAGUUCCGUUGCCAGCGGUGAAGAUUGCAGGGGACCUCAACUACUCGCAAACGCCGUGCAAGUUCACCCCAAGGUCCUACAGGGAAUGUACUUUGCUUGACACAGGCCCGCCUUCAUGUCAGAUGAUAUUGUACAAUCUAAACAGCCUCUGCCAGCCGCCAUUUUGUCAUCCUAGCAAAGUAACAAGUGUGAUAAAGCAUACAUUUCCAUCGGCUGAUUUUGGAAACCCAAUGCGAUAUUUUCGAUUGAAUUUGGUAAAUAAAGUAUGAAACUUUGUUUUUAGAUGGUUAUUUCGAUAUUUUAGCAUAUUGUGUACAAUUCCAAUACUAAAUAAAAAUGAUAACAAAGGUGUGGCUGGCAAGGGCUUUUAAAAUAGACUUAUAUGGACGAACUGGUCAAUAGUUCAAUAUUAUAAUAUAAACUAACACUGUAUAGCGUAAUUUGGUGUCUAAAAAGUAAUCGUAAAAUAAAGAGAUUAUUUGCUGUAGCAAAUUUAUGAUAGACGAUGACGAUGUAUCAAUUGGAUAACUAUCUUUUUAACAAUAAUUUUAAACAGUAUAGAGUAGCUCGGUUUAAGAGGUUUUUAAAAGGUAACUAGUGACAAGCAGAGUAGAAAUCGAUAUUAACAGGAGGCUGAAAGGGGUAGUCAUAGAAACACGCUAGCCUUAUACAUAAGAUAUACAUAAAAAAUUAUAAUACCGAAUCGAACAGAUGGAAAUAAAAUUAUAUUUAGUGUAUACAA